AUGCCUCGAACGGGUUCCUUUCAUAAUGGCAUUAUUGAACUAUUCAGACCUAGCGAACAGCCUAUAGAUAUUGAUAUCGUCGCUGUUCAUGGUCUGCAAGGUGACGCCCGGCGAACAUGGACCCAUGAAGCUUCAAAAGUGUGCUGGCUUAGCGACCUUCUUCCCAACUACAUCAAGAAUGCCCGGGUCCUGUCGUGGGGGUAUAACGCCAACACAAAUUCUUUGGGCGGUAAGGCAACAAGCUCAGACCGGAUCCUACAGCAUGCUGGGACGCUUAUCGAGGAGCUCCAAAAUGACAGAGAGUUCGAGGAUGCCACCGAGAGACCCAUCAUUUUCGUAUGUCAUUCUCUAGGAGGUAUCAUAGUCAAAAGAGCCCUCACUUUAUCCCAAGGUCGCACGUCAGCAAAGAGCGCUCGACUUCACAGGAUUUAUACUUGCACAUACGGCAUUUUGUUUUUUGGCACUCCCCAUAGUGGUUCCAGCAAAGCACGCCAGCUUGACACCAUCCACAAGCUAGCGUCCUUCAUUGUCCCUAAACGGGUCGCUCGCUUCGAAACAAAUCUAGUCACUGGAAUCGAGGAUGAUUCCGAAACAAUUCAAAACAUCGCCGAGGACUUUUCCCCAUUGAUGUCACGGUAUCAUAUAAUGUUUUUGUGGGAGCAGUUUCGCACCGAUUUGAAAUAUACGAUGGACUAUAUCGUGGAUCGCGAGAGCGCCGCACCAAUAUUAGAUGGAACGGACAGAUGUGGUAUUGCCGCAGAUCACCGGGGCAUUUGCAAAUUUGAGAAUGUCGACUCUCCGGGCUUCAAGGUUGUUAUUGUCGCUCUCAAGCGUUACUGCAUGGCCGCACCAACAAGGAUCAAGGAAAGGCUCAUGGAGAGUGCAAAGUCUUUGAGCGAGAAAAGAAGAUACGAAGCCAUGGAGCUUGUUGGGGAGUCACCAGUCUCUCCCAUAUCUCCUGUCUCGAAUUUUUCUUCUCUUUCGGACGGAUCUUCGUUGUCUUAUACAACAAAUCGGCUGAAAAUGAAAAGAGACGCCGAGGGGUCAAAGUAG